AUGAUCUCGGGGUCUCUUUACGCGUCUUUAGCGGGGUUUCUCGGGGCUGCAGCCUCUUUGUCUGCAAAGUUAUCACUUGGCGCAGACUACGUAAUAGAAAUGUGUGAAACAGGGUUGAGAGAAUGGACUGACUUCCACGACAGCCCUGCAGUCUGUGAAUGGGUCCAUUAUCCCCUGAGACUACUGUGCGUGGGCCUGCUGUUCAUGUGUAACGUCAUUAUGUGGACCUUCUUCUCCAAAGCUCUCCAGAAGUGUUCCUCUUCAGCGACAGCAACUGUCACAACCACUGCUUCCAAUUUCAUCUUUUCUGGCAUCUUUGGGAAACUCAUCUUUGCAGAAACCCAUGCGGCUUUAUGGUGGGCAGGCAUCUGUCUGACUCUCUCUGGACUGCUUUUGCUUCAUGGGACAACACAUCCAACACUCUCACAGGAGGAACACAAAAAGAACAAUUAA